CGGUGUCUGCCUGGUAACUCGGGGGCUGGGUCGGCUUCCUGAGUGUUUACUGGUCUCCUGCUAUGAGGGGCACAGAAAGCAGCGAGGGUCGUAGGGUUUCCUUCGGCAUGGACGAGGAGGAGUGGGUCCGGGUGCUGCGGGGCAUCCGGCUUUCUGAAAAUGUGGUUAACCGCAUGAAGGAAUCCAACCAGGCUUCCAAAGUGGGCCAGCUGACUUUUCUUCCUGCUCCUCCACCUUCCACAUUUGGCACCUCUAAAGGCCCAGAGAAAGGCUCCAGACUGCCCAGGUCAGAGUAUGGUAGUAGCCAGACACCCUCAGGGGUGGAGGGGGAUCUCCUUAAGAGGUAUAAACAGGAGCAGGCUGUAGUCCAGGAUGAGCUGUUCCAGGUGGUGAUGAAGGAAAGAGAGGCAGCCACAAAGUACCGGAGUGCAUUCCUGCAUCGAGGGGAGGGCAGCAUUGACCAGGAAAAGCAGAGGUCAGCCCUGAUGAAUGCUGAGAUGUAUAAACUAUCUUCACAGCAAUUCCAUGAGGCAGCUUCAAAAAUGGAGGGCACAAUAAAGCCUUGCAGGCUACAGCCCGUGUGCUCAAGGCUGCAGGCCCAGAUCCUUCGUUGCUACAGCGACCACCUGCAUGAGGUGCUCCUGUGCUCAGACCUGGUCAAGGCUUACCAGCACUGUAUGACUGCUGCCCACAAGGGUUGAGAAGCAGCUAUUGUUCCUGACCCUGGCUAUGACUUGGAGCCCUGAAGAAGGGACCAGUUAUAGGACUGCAACCUAUAGACCCCCAGGCCAUAGCCAUUUUCUGCCAGAUGCCUAUGAUGCCCCUGUG